UUAUGUCUGCACGCAGUUGUUUUUUACGACUAAUUAUUGGCAUUGUUUACACUGUUGAUACACUGAGAUAUGACGGGGCAUGCUGGAUACCUCAACAUGGAGAAGUGGCUUGCACAGAAAUAGCGCACAGAGAUCGUGAAAAGGAAAUGGUUUCCGUCUGCUCUGGUUCAGAUGAGAGGUGAUUCAGAAAGAGUAAGUGGAGGAAUAAUUCAGAUGGAGAGCUGGUUCAGAUGAAGACCUGGUGGAGAGAUGUUUCAGAUGAAGACCUUGUGGAGAGCUGUUUCAGGUGAAGGUCUGGUGGAGAGAAAUUGAGAUGGAGAGGUAGUUAAGAUAGAAAGCUGUUUCAGAUGAAGAGCUUAUCGAGUGCUUCUAUAGGUGAUAUGCUGUUUCAAGUGAAGAUUUGGUGGAAAGCCGUUUCAAGUGAAGAUAUGGUGGAAAGCCGUUUCAAGUGAAGAUCUGUUUGAAAGCUGUUUCAGAUGAAGAUCUGGUGGAGAGAUGUUUCAGGUGAAGAUCUGGUGGGGAGAUGUUUCAGAUGAAGAUCAGGUGGAGAGAUGUUUCAGAUGAAGAUCUGGUGGAGAGAUGUUUCAGAUGUUCCCCGACAACGCUGUGAAGAGGGAGAUGAUCAAGAUGGACACCAGCUGCAGCUACCAAGGAUGCAAGUGGAAGGGGAAGUUCAAGGAUUAUGCUACGCAUGAGUCACAGUGCCAGCAUCGCCCACUUCCAUGCUCCAUGUGUGGAGCCAUGGUUCCAAUCAGUCGUAGAGCGGAGCACGAGCAGAAGGAGUGCUCCCAGCGCAAGAUGAGCUGCAAGUUCUGUGGCAUUGAGAUUGCCCAUUCAAAUGCAGAGGCACACAACCAGGAGUGUCUGAAAUACCCUACCAAGUGUGAUGCUUGUGGAAAGAAGAAAAUACCAAGAGAGCAGCUGCAAGACCACCUGGACAGAGAAUGCAGCAAGAGACUGCUGACCUGCCCAGUCGGAUGUCCAGAACAGAUGAACCUUGACAAAUUUAUCCAACAUCUGACAAAUGGGAAGACUCAAGGAAAUCAUCUUUUCUGGAUCAUGGACAAGCUCUUUAACCUGGAGAGAAUGGUCAAUGGUAAUGUCACGGCCUUGACCCCACAAGGGGAUCUUGCACAGAUCAUGGCAAGCAUCAAUGAACUCGACAGAAAGGUUCAGGAAAUGCAAAAUCACAGACAACCCAAUGAUGACUCCCAGAACUUCAAUGGAAGACUUCAGGCUACCGAGGCCAAGGUGUCUUCAUUUGAACCAAUCAUGGGAGUCCUCCACAAGGAGAUUGAGAGAUGCUUACAGGUCAUUGAAUCUUUGGAACGACAACAGAUCGCAGAACGCCAGAGAACAGAUCAGUUGAACACAAUGGUCGAACAGAUGGAUCAAAAGAUCAAGACAGUUGAAAGGAACGUUGCUCUGAAAGACAUCCAGCUUGCGGAACACGACCUUCGCAUGCAGUGCAUGGAGCUCGCCAGUUACGAUGGCAGUUUGUUGUGGAGGAUCACAGAUGUGGCAAAGAAGAGAAACGAGGCUGUGACAGGGAAAGUGACAAGUCUCUACUCCCCGGCCUUCUUCACAGGGAAAGUCGGAUAUAAAAUGUGUGCAAGAAUAUACCUAAAUGGGGACGGAAUGGGCAAGGGAAGCCACAUCUCGCUGUUCUUUGUUGUCAUGAGGGGACAUUAUGAUGCUCUGAUGCCGUGGCCGUUCCAGCAGAAAGUGACGUUGAUGAUGAUUGACCAGAACUUCCGCGAACACAUGGUGGACACGUUUCGACCAGAUCCAACAAGUUCCUCCUUCAGGAGGCCUGUGUCAGAGAUGAACAUCGCGAGUGGAUGCCCUCUUUUUCUCCCCCUUCCCCGACUUAUGGACACCAACUCGGGCUACAUCAAAGAUGAUGUUAUCUUUGUGAAGAUCAUUGUGGAGACUGAGGGUUUAGACAGAUACACAGAAUUGAAUCCACUGAAAGGAGUGUUACCGAUGCAACCGCCUCCCCAGAAAAAGUAGCAGAGGAUAAUUAAGAGGUCCUGAGUGUUAUGCUCUCUCAGUAUACUGUUUCUGAGUGGUAUAUAUAUAUAUGUACAUCAGGACUAGUACAAGCAUACAAGGGCGGUCGUACAAACAAACCACACGUCCACACGGUGCGGCUGAUUGGGUUAGGAAAUACCCAGUGAAAAGACUUUAUCUCUUACGACAAAGGGGGUGGUCGGGUAGCCUAGUGGUUAAAGCGUUCGCUCGUCACGCCGAAGACCCGGGUUCGAUUCCCGACAUGGGGACAAUGUGUGAAGCCCAUUUCUGGUUUCCCCUGCCGUUAUAUUGCUUGAAUAUUGCUAAAAGCGGCGUAAAACCAUACUCACUCACUCACUACAAGCAAACAAUGUUUUGAUUGGCCUUCACAAUAUACCUGCAAUGGUGUUAUUCCUGCAAACGUCUAGUGAUGUAAAAGACUUGAUUAAUCUUGACAACAUGUAUCACGAAUAUACUGGUAGUCAGAACUUUAAAUUAUCAACUGAUUUACAUAAUUGUAUACCUUGCAUAUGUACAGAGGUAUAUGUAUAUAUUGUAUAUUUCUUUGUGAACACUGACUUUGAAUAUAUUUGUAUAUAGUAUAUUGGACUAUAUCACAUAUUGCAGUGCAUUUUGUCACACAUUUCAGUGUAUAUUGAUAAUUUUUCUUCAAAACAGUUCAAUGAUAUCAUGAAACAGGGGCCAUAUUUGAAAAUAUUUAUUACACACACGGUGAAGGUCACGGUGGAGGUCAUCUAUGUCUUAUACCGGAUUGGAGACUGUGUUUUACAAUUUUAGGGGAAAUUUGGGAUGGUUUGUAUUUUUUCAUUUAGGUGUAUGCUAGUUCUUUAUGUUUUUCCACACAUUACAGAUUAACAAUAGGUUCUAGCAUACAAAACAUUGUCAUGCAUAUCAGGGUUGAAUGUCAGAUGUGAAAUAUAAAUCCAAGUGUAAAAUCUAUAAUGUGACAGGGAUUUAAUGUGGUAGGCCAAGUUUUUGAAGUGAUGGUUUGUGUGAUAACCUCAUCAUAAUUGACAUCUACUGCAACUUCUGCCCCUUAACUGCACCAGGAUCUGCUGAUCAAGGUAAAUUCCUCCUAAAUACAGUCCUUGGUUUGUCAGCACCAUACCCAUAUUUGUCGAUUUCACGAAAAUGUUAAAAAUCUACAACCUGCAUCAUAUUGUGAUGAAUUUGAAAUAGUGUUAUGUGGUGUUCAACCAAGCUCUCUUACUGCAGGGUUCCUCGUCAGAAGUGGUCCCAACAACCUAUGCUUGUCGUGAGAGGCGACAAAAUGGAUCGGACGGACUCAGUGACUUUAUUGAUUAUGGGUCAUUGCUCACAAUUUCAAUCACUGGAUCGUCGUGUCCAGACUUGAUUAUUUACAGGCCAGCAUCGUUUAGCUGGAGUAUUGCUGAGUGUGGCGUUAAACUACAAACAAACACCCACUUACUGACAUAGACUUGUGGUAGUCCAGCUCUGGUAGAUCUUCUACAUAGGUCCUGGUACAAUAGCUUUGUGAAACAAGGACCAGGGUACCGUUGUACAAAGCGAUCUUAGCGCUAAGAUGAUCGCAAGUCCCAUACUUUAACAUAGGCUUACGAUCAUCGCCGCGCUAAGAUCGCUUUGAGGAACGGGGCCCAGGGUACCAUUGUACAAAGCGAUCUUAGGGCUAAGGUGAGUGCAACUCCUAUACCUUAACAUAGACUUAUGACAGUUGUAGCGCUAAGGUUGUUUUGUACGACGACACCCAGGGCCCUUAUCCACAAAGCUAUCUUAGCACUAAGAUAGUCGUACCUCCUGUACUUAAACAUUGGGUUAUGGAAGUCAUAGCGCUAAGAUCAUUUUGUAAAACAGGGACCAGUUGCCAAAUUUGUAGUGUUUUUUUUGGCCACUCCACUCAAAUUGAAUUGUUUUGUAGUAGAUGAUACAAUUACGACUGAAAGUUAUCCUGGCUGGAAGACAUCUGGUGAAGGACGGAGGCUGUAUUGUUUAGCCUGCAAUUGUGAAAAGGUCUCCAUGCCUGCAAAUAUUACAGGCGUUUAUCUGUGUCAAUUCGAUCAAAACUGGUCUAGUUGUCUUCAAGUAGGCAAGGACGCUAUUCUCAACAUGUUACACACUGGUGGGUUUAUUUCCAUUUAGGUCCCCUUUCACCAUAGCUAGAAACGCAUCUUUUGGUAUUUGGAUCUUGUAAGCUUGUUCACCCCAAGAGUUAUAUCUUGGCUGAAUUCAACACACUGGUUUUUUCUAUUAUAUCUGAGUGUUGGUAGUCUUGUAUGAAAGCGUUUAGUCUAGUUUUCAGGGAUUUAUCUAGACCUGCUUAGAGACCGAUUUUAAACCCAAGGACUGCAGCAAAUGUCCCUGAAAAUUGGAUUAUAGCUUUAACUAAUGUUAUAGCUUCAUAGAGGUGGCUUGUAUUUCACUGACAACAGAACCUAUACAGAGAAUUGUCACAAUAUGGCUGUAAUAUUGUUGAUGUGACAUUAAAUUUUAACUCACUCACCAUACAGAGAAAUCAGUUUUAGUGCUUCGUUUUAUAUUAUUGUAUUGGAUGUAAUGUUAAUAAUUAAUAAUAAUAAAAUUAUUAAUAAUAAUAAUAAUAAUAAUAAUAAUAAUAAUAUAUUAUUGUAUUGGAUGUAAUGUUAAUAAUUAAUAAUAAAAAAAUUAUUAUUAUUAAUAAUAAUAAUAAUAAUAUUUAUAAUAAAUGGAUAUUUAUUUUAUGUCCUAUGGUAAUCCUCUAUUAUGCUCAUGGCACUACACACAAGCUACCGCUGUCAACAGAUUGAUAUGCUCUCAGCUCCCUGGGGAACAUACAAUUAAUGUUGCCUGUUCGGCACAAGAAAGUUUUCAUCCUGCCAUGUACCACUUCAUUGCAGAGUCUAAUUUCAAACUUUGUUACUUAUGAAUUUUGUCCACCUCCUCUCACCAAAAUGUGUUGUAUUAAUGUAUGUGAAUGGCCCAUUUCUCACAUUAAAUUCCUUGUUGUAUUAGUCAAUAUGAUUUACAAUAUUUUACAGUUUUAGCCCAGAUAAGUUGAUAUUGAGGAUAAUCGUUCAAAUUGAUACAAGCACCAAAGUUAUUUGUACUUUUGUCAACUACUUGUUCAAAAAAGUUUGUUAGCAGGUUAGCAAACCUAUUAAAUGCUACAAAUUUUCCAGUUUCCAAGAUGGCCGACAUUUGUGACAAAACAAGUUUGCUAUUAAACUUGACUGGAUAGUCUGAUUUGAAUAAUCUUGGCUUCAGUUAAUACAUUUUCGUCAUGGAGAAGCCAAAUUUUCAAAGCUACAACUUCUCUGUAACAUCGUACCAUCAUUUAGAGAAGGAAAAGAGUAAAUGUCAAGGCACAACCACGGCACAUUGGUGACAUCACUGCUGUGACACGCAGCAUGGGGUUCAGUGUCUGCUAAAUAAUCACAGUUGUGUAGGUUUAGUGUCCCUAAUGCUACCUAACUAGCCCCAAGCUUAUAGUCUAGUAAGACUAUGUGCCAGUUAGAUAGCCACACCGGAAUAGACUGCCUGUGCCAGUGUGGGACAGCCAAGCGAAGGAUAACGGGGCUUUAGUUAUCUGGAUGGUGUACAGAUCGCAUGGGACUUAAAAGUCACUGGAUGAACGAUUGGGCUAGGUGCAGAGCAAUUAUUUUAUGCCCGUGCCCUAUGGAGAUCCGGGUUAGAAUAGGUCUUCAGCAACCCAUGCUUGCCGUAAAAGGCGACUAUGCUUGUCGUAGAGGCGAAAAAUGAGAUCAGGUGGUCAGGCUCUCUGACUUGGUCAAAACGCAACACAAAUAUGGUAUUGGUUGAAUGACUCCACCAUGCAUGACCAAAGCUUAUCACCAUUUCUUAAGACCUUCUCCAAAAUACAGGAACAUAUGGCCGUUUAUAUUUCUAUGAUUCGUUUACAUUUUUCUGUGCAAAAAAUGUUAUUGUAGAUUGUGUAAAAUUUGUUUUUUAUUAUUUUUAACUUUUGUAUAAGUAGUUCUAUUGAUGAAUGACAAACAAACAAGUUGCCUAAAGAUUAUUUGUUGAAUUCAUUAUUUGUUAAAAUAUAGAAUUUUAUAUGUAUUAUACUCAUCUGUAAAACAGUCGGCCCAAAUGUUUUUUGUCAAUAGUCAUGUAAUAUUUUUUCUAAUUUCAGUUGUUUUUGGGGUUGGUCGGUCUCGUAGACAAACUAUAAAAAGAUAAGACCUAAUGUUAAGAAGGCUCAAUUUGACAAAAGUAUGUAUGUGUGUGCCUCUCUGAAUGUGUGUGUGUGUGUGUGUGGGUCUGUGUCUGUGUGUGUGGGUCUGUGUCUGUGUGUGGGUGUGUUGCAGUUUAACAUGUAUACCCUACUCGGACACAGUAUACUGACUCUGAGCCAUCCAGUCCUAACAAAUCAGAACUAUCCCCGCAGAGUAUCCUCCGAUUAAUGAUGCAGAUGGUUCAGUUGCUAAGACCAUCUUAAAGUUCUAUUAGAUAUUAGUUUCAUCCUGGUUUUAUUUGAAAACUGAUGUAUAUGAAAAAAGGAAUGUCAAAUGAAUUGAAGGUUUGAUUUUAGUUUAAACAUUUUAUUAGCUUCUUAAUAUAAUUAAGUCAGUAAAGCAAGUAAGUUAAUAUUUAAAGUUUCAUCAGCUGUACUGUGGGGUGGUCUGGUAGCCAAGUGGUUAAAGCGUUCACUCAUCAAGCCGAAGACCCAGGUUCGAUUCCCGACAUAGGUACAAUGUGUGAAGCCAUUUUCUGGUUUCCCCCUCCGUGAUAUUGCUGGAAUAUUUCUAAAAGUGGCGUAAAACCAUACUCACUCACUCACUCAGCUGUACUUCAGCCAUAUUGUGAUGAGAAGAAGUUCUACAUAUACAUAUACAUAGUGAUAGUCAUAUGGUCCAUCAAUUAUAAUAGAUGAGGUGCAAUGGGCUUUAUGCAACCUUGAAGAUUAUUGCACUCAUAUUUAUAGUGACGUGUGUAUAUGUGUGGUUGCUUGAACCAGUCUGGUGUAAUGUUGAUUUUAUAGUGCCAGCCCACUGAGAUACCAUGCUGCAGUUUAACAUGAAUACCCCACUCAGACACGCGGCCUCCUGGUCUGUUCACCUGCAUCUGAAUGUUUGUUUGUUCAGCAUCUUGGCGUUCCAGAGUGUCAUGUCUGUAUCACUGCGAGCGACACAGCAACAGAGGUUGCUUCAGGCAAUUACUCAUAACUUUUGUAUUUUACCAUGUUGAUAAAUAUUAUGUGAUUUCCGAUUUUCGGAACUGAGUAAUAGAUAAUUGGUCUGGCCAACAUUAAUCUGUCAGAACAAGUGGAAUGACUGUACACUCUGAGUGUGGCGUGUGUGUGCCUGUGUGUGUGUGUGGUGUGUGCUGUGUGUGUGUGCAUGUGUGCGCCUGUAUCUGUGUGUGUGUGUGUGUGUGUGUGUUUUGUUUUAUUCUAUUAUUCUUUUGAUUAUAAUCCUGAUGUAUUUUGUAUUCUAUCGCCCUAACUGAUGUUCUGAUGUAUGUCAAGAGGGACAUAACAUAACCAUAUGUCAUUUGGACAGUCCGUGUUAAUUCCUAGGCAAGGAAAAUAAUAAUUAUAGCAAGCUCUUUGGGACAAACUUUCACAAAUCUUGCCAUAACAAAAGUAUGUACAGCAAGACCCUGCUAAUCUGAGGUUCCUUUGAAAAUGGGAUGAAUUAACCCAUGUCCUUUGUAUAUAUGUGUAUAUAGGUUUGUGGGUGUUUCUGACUAUAUAUCUAGGAGUUGCUAUGCUAACCAGGUUUGUUAACUUAGGAGCAGUAUUUCAUUAAGAUCAAUACACAAUUUAGUGUUGUUUAUAAAUACUGCUAGCUUAUUUUGGAAAACUGUUUCUUGAUUGGUUAACUACCAGGAUUUGUUCAGCAAUAUGGCAACCAUGCAUUGAUGUGUUACUGUGGUCAUGUUGUAAAGUAGCAUUGAAGAUAUGUUUUGUUUAUGAUUAAUUAAAGUAUUAUGACAUGAUAUAUAUGUGUGUGUAGAUAUAUGUAUCCUAUUUGUAACGCCAAUGUUAUGGGGUAUACCACCAAUUAUUUCCAAAUGUGUCGGGCGGUCGGGUAGCCUAGUGGUUAAAGCGUUCACUCGACACGUCACGUCGAGGAGCCGGGUUCGAUUCCCGACAUGGGUACAAUGUGUGAAGCCCUUUCUGGUGUCCCCCGCCGUGAUGUUGCUGGAAUACUGCUUAAGCGGCGUAAAACCAAACUCACUCACUCACUCACUCACUCCAGUUGUGUCAGCCAUGCUUUUGAUCCUCCAGAUCCUCUGGCCAAUCAGCCUGUACUUAUCCCAGUCUGCAAAUAUCACUAAGUGUAACAUUCAAAUGGCUGCCACCUUGGCAUUGAACAGUCCUGCUAGAAACUCAAAGUCCGCUGGACAUUGUAUUCAAGGAUCAGUGGGACAUUCAUUACUUGGUAAAGGAAAUUCAACUGACUUUGAGGAAUUUGAUUUGGUGACGAAGCCACGCCCACCGCCAGACUACUGUUUAUUUAUUUGAGAAAUACAUGUAAAUGACGAGUGGGAGUUGUUUAUCCUACAAUAAGACACUGCAGGGCGAAUAAACAUGCAGUGUUUUAUUGUACGAUAAACAACUACCACAAAUCGUUUAUUUCUUAUAUGAGAUAUCGACAUUCUUUAAGGAUGAUGAUAAAAUGUACAAACGUUAUACUCAUAUUUACCCGUCAGAUGACUCCCGUGACUCCCGUAAUACAAUCUGACCCGUAAUACAAUCUGACUCCCGUGACUCCCGUAAUACAAUCUGACCCGUAAUACAAUCUGACCCGUAAUACAAUCUGACUCCCGUAAUACAAUCUGACCCGUAAUACAAUCUGACUCCCGUGACUCCCGUAAUACAAUCUGACCCGUAAUACAAUCUGACUCCCGUAAUACAAUCUGACCCGUAAUACAAUCUGACUCCCGUGAUUCCCGUAAUACAAUCUGACUCCCGUAAUACAAUCUGACCCGUAAUACAAUCUGACUCCCGUGACUCCCGUAAUACAAUCUGACCCGUAAUACAAUCUGACUCCCGUAAUACAAUCUGACCCGUAAUACAAUCUGACUCCCGUGACUCCCGUAAUACAAUCUGACCCAUAAUACAAUCUGACUCCCGUAAUACAAUCUGACCCGUAAUACAAUCUGACUCCCGUGACUCCCGUAAUACAAUCUGACCCGUAAUACAAUCUGACUCCCGUAAUACAAUCUGACCUCAGGAAUUUUGGACAAAUCCUUUUCAUGCACAGGAGGGUAUUUCCCGCAUAUUCUUACAAUACUUAUGUCGAUGUACCUUUUCUCCAAAAUAUUUUUCUUGUCAUAUCUCGCCCGCUUUUGGAUGAGAUUUCUCGGCCAUCACGUUUAUCUGCGUUGCCCAAAUACAUAUGGGGAACACCUCACUAGACACUCACCUCUCAAUUAUAGUCUUCGUCCAAUAUAAUUAUAUGAUGUCAUCAAGUUGCGAGCGCAUGCUUGACGUCAUUAUAGAGCAAUGUUUUAUCGCGAAAUAAUUAACACUUCGUUCUUCAUUGUACUUUGCUAUUUUUCGUGUAGUUAUCUUAUAUUGGUUGAUCAUUGAUUUGGAGAGUUGUAUUAUUGCGAUGAACGAUUAUACUCAUGCGAUGACAAUUGCCUAAUAUUGUUUCUGUGUUUAUGCUUAAUAAACAAAUUAAAUCGGAA